AUGGACCUUCAGUAUGUUUGCGAGGCGCUGGAGAUGAACAACGAAAGAUUUCUCCUUAAACACCACCAUUAUGAAUUCUUUUCAAUUAUACAAGUGGUUAAGAGGUUGGAGCGACUUUUCAAGAAAAACCGCGAGACUGUCCGCGUUGAGGUCGAAGAUCAAGGGUUCACUCCAGAGACUCGGGAAGGGCUGGAGGGCCUCGGAGUCCAGAUCACCCCCGCAAGUCAGGGAGGGGUGUUCGGAAAUGCUUCCGGCACAACGUUUGUCUAUGACGCGAGAAGGUUCCAAACGGACCUACAAAAGCAUAUUAAAGAUAACUGGGAGCCAAACGACGGGUCCAACUCGAAGUUACCUGCAGCGGUUAUCACCGACAGGAUGAGCGUAAGGCUGGGGAGUGGCAGUCCAAAGAUUGAUCCACUUGUCGAGAAAGAGUACUACUUCGUCUCACUAUCGAGUAGAGUCAACCAUUUCAGACACGAGGGAGGCGGGACUAUGGCCCAGGCCAAAGGGCUCGCACAAUUCGAGUCGCACCUAACACAGGAUUAA